CAAAAUGACCCGGCCCACAAACAAAUAUACAUCUGAUAGAUUACACCUACUCAACCUUCUAGAAAUAUCAAGCAGAAAGGCAAAGUGAAGCAAAUUCAAUCUGUCCUUUAUCUUCCUCUUUGCCAAUGUUGAUUUUUGUUGGUGUAUCCUCAUGACCUUGAGCUAAGACUCUUGCUACCAUUUUCAGUGCUGAGAUUUGAUGUUGAACUCUUUCUCUCCGCCAUUUCAGUAACAAGCUCAACUAAGUUGGCUAAGUUUUGAUCUUACUCUCCUCUUUUUCAAUUGAUAAGUUAACCCUAAAGAUUCAAGCUCGAUUACUUUAUCUUCACUUGUUUGAGCUGGCUGUCACUUAUUUUUUGUUGUUAUCUAUACAUUCUGCAACUUAAUCCUUUCCACCGCUAAUUUUGUUACUGAAUUUGUCAAUAGGUUGACCCUUUUACAAUUUUCCUUCAUGUUUCUUUAAUUGUGGAUUUAAUUUCUUCCCAAAAUUAAUACCACCACCUAAUCUCCGAAAUUAGAAUUUUGGGCUUAAGUUAUUAGAUGUCUAUAAUUUAAUCUACUUGUUACCAUAUAUAAGAUCUUUUAAGAAUGAUAUUUUAUUUGUUACCAAAAAAUAUAGAUUUUAUUGUCAUAUUCUAUGAAUAAUAUAAUAAAUUUAAUAUAUAAAUAGAAUUGGCUACAGUAAAUUAUUUUUGUUGGUGAUUCACUUAAUAAAUUACUCAACAAUUUACGUGGGUUGUGGUAAUGGACUCUUGUUAGUGGGUUGUGGCCUAAAAUAUAGUACACUAUUUUUUGCUUUCGCCAAAAUCUAACUUGGGAAAUUUUUUCCAAGAAUUUUUUUGCGCUCUUUUAUAGUUUUCACUUUAGUUUGUUAGGUCUUCACUUCUGCUUUAUGGUUUUGUUGCCGUUGAAGGAAAAAAUUGUAAGUAAAAUUUGUCCUGCAUUAGUAAAUGCUCUCCACCUUAAUUUUCUUCUAUUUGGUUUGAUUUUUGUUUCCUGCCAUAUGUUACCUAGGAAUUUUGUGUCUAGCUAUUGAACGGGGAAGAUACUGGUAAUCUCUCUUCUCCAGGUAGUAAUCUCUCUUUCCCAUACUAGUUGAUUCUCUCUUCAUGUUAAUUUUGUCCUAUUUAGCUUGAUUUUGGUUUUCUGUUGUUUGUAACUUGGGGGGUUUUCAUUUUCCGAUUAGAAUUUGUUAUCUGCUUUUUCUCCUGUCUUUGCUUCUUUUUAGUUUGCUUAUGUUUUCAAGUUGUGAAAGCAGCCUCAAAUUUUUAUCAAAAUCCUUUCGAUGAUUUGAAUUAUAGAAAUUUAAAAUUGUCGCUCAAACUGUGCUUAAGAUCAUGAUAUCCCUAAUUUUGAGAAGUCAUGGAAUCUCGUCUAGUUUGUGAGCUAAAAAUGUUAAAGGAAGGCAUUCUGGCACUUGUAUCUAUGCAAAGUGGCCAGGCUACACUUCCAGUUGCAAUUUCAAACCUUAUUGAUGCUUCAAAUACUUCUGAUGACGCAGGUCCUUCAAGUGCUGUGGACACCAUCAUGUUUACCAAAUCUGGAUCGAAAGGAAUGCACGCAGAUUCAAGGCUCAAUGUAAAGAACAACACCCAGUUGAUCAAAGACAUCUGCCUUCAAGUAAAUAUUAAAGGCCAACAACUGCGCAAAUGGCAGGACAUACUAACAAGCUUGAAUCACUAUCCGGUCUAAUGUAAUGCAGUUUGGAAUUGUAAUAGUUAGAAAGGACAGGAAAGUAUUGUAAUUCAAAUGUUCUGGUUGGAAUAAAAAAAUUUCUUUCGAUCAAAAAUGACUUAUUAUCUUUUGUUUCUUCAAUACACACGAUGAAUAGUGAAUAUUUGAAGUUAAAAUUUCAAAGGUCAUCCAGUCACUUGUUUGACAGAUUCGCGAA